AUGCCCGAUUCCAAUAAUACUGAAAAAAUUAAAGAAUUGCAUUACAAACGCGGAAAUUUUAAGACAAAGGUAACUUUAUUUCAAAGGUUCAUUAAUGGUUUAUCUCCUGAUAAUAUUGCAGAAACAGACCUCAUUAACCUGCAACAAAGAUUAGCUAAAUUUCAAUUAAUAUAUGACCAAUUUGACGACAUUCAAAAUCAAUUAGAUAGAUUAAACCCAGAUUGUGAGGAUAAUUUAGAAGAAAGGGAACAAUUUGAAAACAAUUACUAUUCAUUAUUAUCUCAAGGUCAACAAUUAGUGAAUCUUAGAAAACCGCCAACUGAAAUAGCAAAUGUUUCCCAAACGGCCAAAUCGGCUAACGUUAAAUUACCUAAACUCACAAUCCCAUCUUUUGAUGGCAGUUUUAUUAAUUGGCGCACCUUUCAUGACACUUUUGUAACAAUUAUACAUAAUAAUUCAGAUUUAACAGAUGUUCAAAAAUUAUGUUAUCUCAGAUCCGCUUUAAAAAAUGAACCUGCAAAUUUAAUUAGCUCCCUUGACACAUCAGACACAAAUUAUUCUAUUGCAUGGAAAUUGCUACAGGAGAGGUACAAUAACAAAAGGCGAAUUAUAUACAAUCACGUUCGAGAAAUUCUGGAUGUCAGUAAUGUUAGCAAAGGAUCUCACGUGACCUUAAGGCAUUUAAUUGAUACAAUUCAAAAACAUUUAAACUGUUUAAAGGCAAUGAACCAACCGGUUGAAAGCUGGAACGCUCUUUUAAUUCCUAUGCUGUUACCCAAAUUAGAUUUCAAUACUAUACGUGAAUGGGAAUCAUUUCUCAAUAAAAAAUAUGAAUCGCGGGACGAUAUUCCCACUGUAGAGGAAUUUAUAAAAUUUUUAAACGAUAGACAGGGUGUAUUAGAAUCUCUUUCAAUUAAUCAGUCCUCAUCAGUCAAUUUUAAACCUUUUCCAAAACACAAAACAGAUAACGUCAGUGCAUUCGCUACAACUGCAACAGUAGAUUCUCAUUGUGCAUCUUGCAAGGGUAAACACUACUUGUAUCAAUGUGAAGAAUUUUUGAAACUCCCGGUCAAUAAAAGAAUUGAAAGAACAAAAGAAUUACAUUUAUGUUUAAAUUGUUUGAAAAAAGGUCAUAAUUCAUUUCAAUGUAAAAAUGCACACACUUGCAAAUCAUGUCAUCGAAAGCACAAUACUUUGCUUCAUAUUUCCAAUUCAGAGCAAGAACAAUCCAAGGGCCCCAAUAGGAACAGUAGCGAAAUUAGUUCAAGGCAGGUACAGGCAAUUAAUGAAUCAUCUCAGGCAUCGACGUCCUUAGCAAGUUACAGUUACAGUACAUUACAUAAAGGAAGGACGUCGUCCCAAGUUUUAUUAUCUACAGCAUGUGUAAACGUUAAAGAGACUAAAGCUGGAAACAUAAUUAUAGCCAGAGCCUUAUUAGACUCUGCAUCACAAUCCAAUUUCAUUUCGGAGGAAUUAUGUAAAAAAUUAAACCUUAAACGGCAUGAAACAGAUGUAUCAAUUGUAGGAAUCAGUCAAACUCCCAUAAAAACGAUGGCGCGCGUUGAAAUCAAGAUUUAUUCCCGUUAUAAUCAUUACUCAGUCACAUUGUCAUGUUUGGUUAUUCCAAAAAUUACGGACAACUUGCCAUCCUCAAACUUUAAUGCAAAUAUUUUAGAUAUACCUAGCAAUUUAGUAUUAGCUGAUCCUACUUAUAAUAAGCAAGGUAAAAUAGAUAUUUUAAUUGGCGCAAGUAACUUUUGGGAGUUAUUAAGCGUUGGACAACACCAACUCGGUACAGGUAAACCGACCCUGCAUAAAACUAAAUUGGGAUGGGUUAUUUCUGGAAAUUUAAGCCCGAACGAAGGUCAAAUAAAAAGAACAUUAGCUUAUUUGUCACUAAAUAAGUUACAAGAUGAGGUUUCAAAAUUCUGGGAGAUUAACGAAUGUAUUGAAAGAGUGAGUCAUUUAAGUGCAGAAGAAAAAUACUGUGAGAAGAUGUUUAAUGAAACGACCCAGCGUGCCACAAAUGGUAAAUUUAUUGUUAGGAUACCGCUAAAACCUAAUUAUUCAAGCUUAGACAAAUAUGUAAAAUUUAUGUAUGAAUAUAAGCAAUUAAAUCACAUGACUGAAAUUGAGGAUACUUUAAAGGCUACAUAUUAUCUACCCCACCACGCGGUACUAAGAGAUUCCUUGACCACAAAAUUAAGAGUGGUGUUUGAUGGUAGUUGUAAAACUGAUACAGGUAUUUCUUUAAAUGACAUUAUGUUAACAGGAAAAAUAAUGCAAAGCGAUUUGUUUUCAAUUAUUCUUAGAUUUCGAUUACAUCCAUACGUCGUAACAGCAGAUAUUUCAUCGAUGUUUAGACAGGUAGUUAUACAUUCAGAUGACAGGCACCUACAAAACAUAGUUUGGAGAGAAAACGUAGAUGAACCUCUAAAGGCCUAUCAAUUAAACACAAUUACUUAUGGUACAAAGUCAGGGCCGUAUUUAGCAACACGAUGUCUGUAUCAGCUUGCAUUAGAUUUUGAAAAUUCUUAUCCCUCUGAAGCGCAAAUUAUUAAAAACGACUUCUAUAUAGAUGAUUUAAUUACAGGGUGUGAUAGCAUAGAAGACUUAAGAGUAAUACGAAGUAACAUUAAGCACAUACUGAGUACGGCUGGAUUUAUUUUACGCAAAUGGUGUAGUAAUGUGCACACACAAUUAUUUCAGAGUGACAAGGAGACAAUAGAGCAUGAAUUUGUCCAGUUAGGUGACAAUACAAUAAAAACAUUAGGGAUAUGUUGGGAACCAAUUUCGGACGUUUUAUACUAUAAAUUUGAAAAUUUAAAGAUCCAGAAUCAAGUUACAAAACGAACUAUAUUGGCGAUUACGGCUCAAUUAUUCGAUCCUCUAGGGCUAUUAGCGCCUAUUAUUAUACCUUCCAAGUUAAUUAUUCAAGAAUUAUGGCAUUUAAAUAUCACUUGGGACGAGUCAGUACCGACAAAUCUAUAUACACGUUGGAUAGAAUUUAGGGAUAAUCUUAAACAUUUGAAAAACAUUAAAUUACCACGUUACGUCUACAACAAAAAUCCAAACAAAGUUGAACUGCACGGAUUUUCCGAUGCUUCCGAACGAGCAUACGGUGCAAACGUUUACAUACGUACUAUUACGGACGGUAAAAUAUCAAUUUUUUUGUUGGCAGCUAAAUCAAGAGUUGCACCCCUUAAAAAUAUAACUUUGCCCAAACUCGAAUUAAAUGCGGCUGUCCUUUUGGCACAAUUAAUUCACAAAAUCCGUUCUAUUUUAACGAUUACCAUUAACGAAGAGUAUCUCUGGUGUGAUUCCAUGAUAACUUUGUCAUGGAUAAAAACUUCUCCUUCAAAAUGGAAGACAUACGUCGCUAAUCGAGUGAGUGAAAUUCAAACAUGUACAAACAUUAAUGACUGGCAUCACAUUAAAUCGGCAGACAAUCCCGCGGAUUUAAUUUCACGAGGCUUAAAGCCACAAUCUUUACUAGAUUCGAGACUAUGGUGGAAAGGGCCACAUUUUUUGAGUUCCAAUAAAGAGCUACCAACCGAUACAUUCAAAAUGCUUAAUAAUGUUACCGACGCAAAACGAGUUACCUUCACCACCACAAUUGAGUAUGAUAUUUUUUCCAAAAUUUCAUCUUUACGGACUUUGAUUAAUGUUAGUGCAUAUUGCUAUAGGUUUUAUGACAAUACAAAGAAAAUCCUUAUAAACAAAAAUUCAUUACACAUUGAUCCAACUGAAAGAGAGGAAGUUCUUAAAAAAUUGAUAAAGGUAGCACAAUCGCAAUCUUUUCCGACUGAAAUUAAAUCGCUACUCAAGAAUUAUGCAUUGAAACCCAAUUCAGUUUUACUAUGUUUAAAGCCCUUUAUAGACAAGGAUGGUUUGUUAAGAGUGGGAGGUAGAUUAACUUUAUCAGACUUAAAUUAUUCUGCAAAACAUCAAUUGAUAUUACCCAAACAUCACAUAUUGACUAAAUUAAUUGCCGAAAACGAGCACGUGAGAUUGUUGCACUGCGGAUCACAAACAUUAUUAAAUUCAUUACGAGAACGUUAUUGGCCCUUAUCUGGACGCAAUUUGAGUAAAAAGAUUAUUCAUCAAUGUGUAAAAUGCUUCAAGGCAAACCCAAAAAUUUCCAAUAUUUACAUGGGCAACCUACCAAAAUUGCGUACCACACCUACACCACCAUUCUACAAUAGUGGCGUAGAUUAUGCAGGUCCAUUUAAAAGCAGAGAUCGACGUGCACGAGGUUAUAAAAUUUAUAAAUGCUAUAUAUGCCUUUUCGUUUGUUUAAGCACAAAGGCUUUGCAUUUAGAAUUAGUAAGCGAGUUGUCCACCGAAUGUUUUCUUGCUGCUUUAAAACGUUUUGUUUCCCGCAGAGGGAAACCGAACACAAUAUUUUCGGACAAUGGAACAAAUUUUGCAGGUGCUAAUCGCCAAUUAAUAGAAUUAUAUCAGUUUUUAGAAAAUAGCGCUACAAAUAUUAUCGAAGAAACAGCCAAUGCAAAUAUAAGCUGGAAAUUUAUUCCGGCAAAUUCACCUCAUUUUGGAGGCGUUUGGGAAGCAGGUGUAAAGGCAGUAAAGAUGAAUAUGAAAAGAAUUUUAGGUGAUAGUAUUUUAACUUUUGAACAAUAUACCACAUUACUAACACAAAUAGAAGCCGUCCUCAACUCCAGACCUCUUUCUCCCUUAAGUACCGAUCCAAAUGACGUAAAUCCUUUGACACCAGCACACUUCCUCAUAGGCAGAAGUUUGGUAGCAAUCGCCGAUCACAAUCUAGUGGAAGCUCCAAACAAUCGUUUAAACCAUUACCAGCAACUUCAAGCCAUGGUGCAGCAUUUCUGGAAGCGGUGGCAGAAGGAGUAUUUGCAUGGGUUACAAAUGCGAAAUAAAUGGAGAAAACCAACGACACCCAUCAAGGUUGGUGAUCUAGUAACCAUAGUCGACGACAACUUACCUACAUGCACAUGGAAAAUGGGGCGUGUAAUACAACUUCAUCCUGGCAAAGACAACGAAGUGCGCGUAGUGACCAUUAAAACAGCCACUAGUGAAAUAAAACGUGCAAUAAAUAAAGUUUGUGUAUUGCCUUUAUCAGACAAUUAA